GAGGCGUCACAUCCUCUUCAUUGUGCGUUUCCCUGUGACGGGGAACUGUGGAAACUGUUUUUCUGUGGUGACCUGCUGUCUUCAGUGUUUCUGAGAACAGUUGGAAAUAAGCAGACAACAUGUUUUCCUUCAACAUGUUUGAUCACCCGAUGCCUCGGGCCUUCCAGAACCGCUUCUCCACGCAGUACCGCUGCUAUUCGGUGUCGAUGCUGGCGGGACCCAACGACCGCUCAGACGUGGAGAAAGGAGGAAAAAUUAUAAUGCCCCCAUCUGCACUGGACCAGCUAAGCAGACUUAACAUCACAUACCCAAUGUUGUUCAAACUGACCAAUAAGAACUCUGACAGAAUGACCCACUGUGGCGUUUUGGAGUUUGUUGCUGAUGAGGGGAUCUGUUACCUUCCCCACUGGAUGAUGCAGAACCUGUUAUUGGAAGAAGGAGGUUUGGUCCAGGUUGAGAGUGUCAAUCUCAUGGUGGCAACAUACUCCAAAUUCCAGCCUCAGAGUCCAGACUUUUUAGACAUCACAAACCCCAAAGCUGUAUUAGAAAAUGCUUUGAGAAAUUUUGCCUGUUUGACUACAGGUGAUGUCAUUGCCAUCAACUAUAAUGAAAAGAUCUAUGAGCUACGUGUCAUGGAGACCAAACCUGACAAGGCAGUGUCCAUUAUCGAAUGUGAUAUGAACGUGGAUUUUGAUGCUCCACUUGGUUACAAAGAGCCAGAGAGGCCCACACAGCACAAUGAGGAACCAGCAGAGGAAGAGACAGACCCCAGUAAUUAUGAGAUGGACAUUGGCUUUAGAGCAUUCACUGGCUCUGGGAAUCGUCUUGAUGGAAAGAAGAAAGGAAUUGAACCUAGUCCUGUACGCAUCGACCCCAAUGACAUCAAACGUGGUAUUCCUAACUAUGACUUCAAGAUUGGAAAGAUCACUUUCAUCAGAAACUCCAGACCACAGCCUCGCAAAACAGAAGAGGAUGACUCUGUCAGUAACUUCAUUGCAUUCUCUGGAGAAGGACAGUCCUUGCGCAAAAAGGGCAGAAAACCUUGAUCAGACAAAGUUUAUCAGAAACCAACAAUAAAAGCAUCCUACAAUCUGC